AUGCCCUUUAACGGCAGUGGAUAUCAAGGCUAUAUUGGCACGUUCAUGGUCAUCCCGGCCUUUGGAAAACAACGAACAGAGUGUAUUCGUACGGAAGGCACCUCAACCGUGUAUGCAGCUGAGGCCUGCGGCAUCAAAUUUGCGCUUGAAAGAGAUGGAUUCCAGGCCAUGAGGACAUUCCCGGAAACGAAGCCGCAGACAGGGCUGCAAAACGUGCAGCUCUAA